AUGGUAAAAUCGAGACUAGCUCCACCUCGUCGAUCAGUCACUAUUCAACGUCUGGAGUUGUCAGUCAUCGCCGCUGGUGCCAACCUACUUUCGCUCCUUACAGAACAACUCGAUAUCCAGCUUCGUCGGAAAUACCUUCGGUCGGACAGUGCCGUUUCAAUAGCAUGGACUAUGUCUAAAAAAACCCUCCCAGUAUGCGUUCGCAACCGUGUUCGUAAAAUCCGUGAACUCACGACCGACGUCACUAUCCGUUACGUUCCAACAGCGAGAACCCAGCAGAAAUCGGCUGUCGGAGCACAUCUGUCUUAG